AUGAUAGUUGAUCAUUUUUAUAAAUUAUUAUUUUUUGAUGAUUUAGGCAGAGAUUAUCUUGUUUUCAUUCAUACUGUAUUUAUCUCAGUUUCAUCUAUUGUCAUUCUCAUAACUUCUUUUGUUUAUUGUGGUUAUUUUGCUCGUUAUCGCGGUCUUGUUUCUUCAAUUAUUGCUGGUGCAUCGAUCUCAUCAACAAUGUGGUUUUCAAUUUUUCAAGUAUUAAUCAAUGGUGGUCGAACAAAUCUACGAACACUUUCAAUUAUUUGGACAGUUUUUGUUGUACUAAUGAUCGGUAGUGCUCUUCUCUUUAUGGAUUGGCGAUUUCAAUUGUUGAACUUGCCAUAUGGAUUCGUUACAAAUUCCGAGACGGAUAAACAAUCAAGAAAAUCUAUUGAGAUUGACAAUGCGGCAAACAUGAUUAAUAUGCCUUGGUAUCGACGUAUAGUGAAUCGUGUUGAUGUUUGGCAACAUUUAUUGAAUCCAAUUUACAUUUUUGUGGUACUCUAUUUGAGUGUUCUCCUUUUACCGGCUGUGUUUUUACCAGUCACUUGGUUUCCAUGGAUGAUGUAUGUUACGAAUGGCAAUGAGAAUCUUUCGAACAGAUAUACAUUAAUAUUUAAUUUGUCUACUGUUGUUGCUCUAAUUAUUUGUCCGUGUAGUGGUACUUUGCUCGAUUAUCGAGCUCAUAGAAAUCAUAAACAACGAUUGUUUAAUAUUGCAUUAAUGCAAACAAUCACAUGGUGUACAUCUAUGGCAGUAUGUAUCGUUCGAAUGUGCAAUACGACCUGUUGUAUCAUAGCUGUAAUAGUUCUGAAUUGCAUUGAACGAUCACUCAUUGUCGGUGGUAGUCAAGCUGUCGUUGCAUCUUUUUUUCCAUCGGAAUAUAUUGGUACUUUAACUGGCGUGUUGUGGACAUCAGCUGCUAUAUUUUCUUCCAUACAAUAUGGUCUUUUGCCACUUGUCGAAGCUGUUGAUAAAAGUUGGCGAGCUUGGACUAUUAUUUUGGCUCUUAUUAUAGUCAUGGCAUCUCAUUGGAUACAUAUGUGGUAUCUUUUUUUCACAUCAAAAUCAACUGCUGUGUCUAAUCAAGUUUCAAUAUCAUCGGAAAAAUCUGAAGCCCAUGGCCAUGCUGAACAUCAUGCCUAUGAUAAUGGUAUAAAGGAAGAGAAUCCAAAUAGAGAUUAA